CGCUCAAUAGGUAGCGAGACGUCUGUGGGAAGGGUAACGGUGAACCAUGGCGUUUUCUGGGGUAAAAUAUUCACAGGUUCCCACCGAAGACGGUCACAAAAUCGACUUCAGUUCCCCCUUCACGUAUGGCUUCAACAAGGGGAACCCUGCCGAGGGAUUUACGUACAACAGAGGCACCAACCGAUACGAAGACGAAGGCACAGCGCCCCCUAGCUGUUUUGCCCAGUGCAUCCAUGUGCUGGUGACCUGCCUGUGUUACCUGCUGCUGGUCCUCACCUGUCCAUUCUCUGCAUGCCUCGCAAUUAAGGUUGUCAAGAAUUAUGAAAGACUGCUGGUGUUCAGACUGGGACGUCAGCAGCCCCUAAAAGGACCAGGAAUGGUGUUCAUACUACCAUGCAUAGACAGAUGCCGACGAAUCGACAUGAGACAACGGGCUUUCAAUGUCCCACCACAAACAGCCUAUACAGAAGAUGGAGGUGCCAUCUCUGUUGGCGCUGAUGUGUACUACCGUAUCUACGACGCCAUCUUGGCUGAGACAGCAGUAAAGGACCUGAUUGGCUCCCUCCGUGUCGUGGCCCUAACGACAGUCCACAACGUUCUACUGAAGAAAGGGUUGUACGACAUCGAGACAGACAGGACCAGUCUGAACACAGCCUUACAGAGGGAGCUGAAUAAGAGUACAGAGAUUUGGGGAGUGGAGAUCAGCCGGCUAGAACUGUCCCAGAUCACCAUCUUGAGGCCUCCUGCGAAUGGACCAGUCCUGCUGCCCCCCAGUAACAAUGGACCAGCCCACAACGGACCGGCCAUGUCACCACAAGUACAGACGGUGUUCCAGAUGGCCCAGCAUUUCUUACAGCAGGCUUCAAUGGGAAACAAAGGUGCAAGGACUGAACAAGACAGAUCCAUGGUGGCAGUCCCUAUCCCAGAGUCCUCUGGGACAAUGUCUGCAGAUUUUGGUCUCAGUCCCAGGGACCUCCUCUCAGCUGUCAAACUUCUUCUGGAUGAGUCCAUUGUCGAGCAGGUGGGGGCAAUUUACCAGUUUGAACUGGAGGGAGAGGACGGUGGCACAUUUUACCUGGAUCUGAAAAACGGAGGAGGUGAUGCAGGGAUUGGUCCACCUCCAAAUGAGGAAGCUGACGUUGUCAUGACAAUGUCUGUGACUGACAUGCAGCAGCUCUUCUCAGGAGAGCUCCGCCCCUUCCAGGCCUACAGCAGCGGGAGGCUCCACGUGGAGGGGAGUCUCAGAGUCGCCACACGAUUGGAAGAUGUUGUCAGCAGACUGAAAACAUCAUAGGCAGACCAGUCCAAAGCUAAUGUCACUUUAAUCUCCAAGCGGAAUGGUGGCGACUGGACAC